GCCGAGUCCACUGAGGCUCUGGGUCUCAACCGCUGAAAUCUAUAAUAGAAGCAGGCACCAUGGAGUACACUGGGAGCCAAUAUAUCGGGCAAUAUGUAGAUGGGAGGAUGGAGGGCAAAGCUGAAUACAUCCUCCCUACUGACACACGAUACGUUGGGGAAAUGAAGGACGGCAUGUUCCAUGGAGAAGGAACCCUGUACUUCCCAAGCGGGAGCCGAUACGAUGCCAUCUGGGAAAAGGGAUUGGUCGUAAAGGGCAGGUACACCUUCUCAGAUGGGCUGCAGUAUGACGCGGAGAACUGGCACUACUGCGACAGCUAUGAUCGGAGGUUUUACACGGAGAUCUGCCAUGGCUUGAAGCCCGCAGGUAUCUCUCAACUCACCAAUAUGGACCCACCUAGAAUAAUCCCCAAGGGCUGCUAUGACUGUGGAGACGGCUUCUACAACCCAGCCACCAGGGUCAUCAAGGACUACGGGAACCGCUUUCUGAGGAAUGCAGAUGAUGACGAGCAUGAGUGGAUCAUCCGUACCUGUCGAAAGGGCUGGGACGAGAUCGUGGGACACAGGCCCAAACUGUGA